AUGAGCAACCCUCAGGACCCUUCACGACCUAAUGUGUCAAGAAACACGAACAACCAGAGGCUUGCACCUUCUGCACGUCAACCUACCGGGUCUGCUACACAUACCAUAACCCCUGCUGAUCCCUCCUCUUCUCGAUCUGCCUCUCCAGAGCCACUUAUUCUCCGCCUCCGAGGAGCACAUGAAGUCUCGGAAACAGGCACUACAAGACUUCGACGACGGAUCACCUGGGCAGAGGACGUGAUUGAUAACGAAGGCCUUGGCCGAAAAUCAAGCAAAGUGUGUUGCAUAUACCACAAGGAAAGACAAUUUGGAGAGAGCUCGAGUGAGGAUGACAGCUCAAGUGAUGAUUCCAGUGACAGCGACGGUGGUGGUAGCGACAGCGCAGACGACGGUGGCGCCAGAAUGAGUGGCAAUCGGAGAGGCAGAAAAUCAGACCGCGGACAUAAACAUGGAGAUGACUGCAAUCACAACAAGGCCAAGCGGAAGCCUAGUCCCAAUGCUUACGAGAAGAUGCCAAAAUAUAACAGCAAACCGAGCGCCGUCAAAAGCUGA